CAGUUGCAAACCUCGAGAAGUUCGAUCAAUACGCUGUAUGUUUUGAUUACCUGCCAAUACUCUUGUUAUAAAAGCGUUUAGACCAUCGAGAUAUCGAAUAAAGAAAUAUAAAGAUUGCUUUGGUUAGGAAGGACUAAAAAAAGAGAAUAUCAUCAUAUCUUCAAGAUUGUCACGUUGUUUAUUUUGAAACGGAAUUAUGGCGCGUCAAAUUCAUGAAAUAAAUAUUUCUAUCAUUUUUAUGGUAUUAAUGUUACAAUACUCAUCAGCUGGAAAAACUGCUCAAUUUGUUCAAAAAGUAGGCGGAUUUGUUUUAGAUUUGUUUGGUUUAGGCUCGGACGUGUUCGGAAUUUUCUCCGAUACAAACAACGAAUUAGAACAAAAAAUAACGGAGGUCUCGCAAAAGAUUGAUUCGGUGUUAACUAACUUACAAAUAUUACAGUCGAAAAUGGUAGAUCUUUUUGCUCAACAAGAUUUGAAAGCGAGACUAGCAAAAGUUGAAGAUUUUCAGAGGUCAACAAGCAACAGGGUUCGUGAUUUAAAAAAUAUCGCCAUAGCUCCUGUAAAUGAGAGGGAUAAAUACAUGAAUAUUUUUGUGAAAGGCGUCGAAGUUUAUUUGGACAAUUUGUACAAUAUUAUUCCGUACAUCACAGAGCCAACAUUAAGCUCCACUGUAACUUUGCUGAAUACAAUUGGCGACCUCAACCGAUGCGACAUGACAUACUUAAGCAGUUUCGUCAACUUCAGCCGCAGCCUUAUUUGCAGUGGGAUCGCCGUUGAAGCAACAUACAAAUUAAAAACUCUUAACGUUUCCCUAACAACAGAGAAGGACUACUGGGUCCUUGAAUUGAAGAAAUUUGAUGACGCAGUGACAAAAAUGUACGGGGAGUGUGGUGAUAAAUUUUACAGUUACUAUAGCUUAGAUAUUUUAAUGAACAAAUCCUUCCCUGAAAUGCUGGACUCUCUCGAACAUAGAUACUUGGGCAUGUCAUUCUUCGGUGUGAAUAUUUCUGACAGCAACGAGAUGCAGAUAAGCAGCAACUUACCCGAAAGGCAAUUCACGUGCAUAAGAGAGAAAUGUGAAACCAGGAAGUGCUUUGUGUUUACAAAGAAGGAGGCGUCCUGUUCGGCAAAUGUAAAACUUGUGAUCACCAUGAAGGAUUUUGCAGGAAACUAUUUCCUAAGCAGCGAUUGGCCUGGAACGCUUAUACCUUUACGAGAUCUGUCAGGAUCUACAUUAACCCUAGCGCCAUUGCAGUGUAUCACUUUGGGACAUAAGUAUGAGCUUCAGAAACCAACUGCAAAUCAGUUUCAUGGCGGGGAAACAUGUGCAGCGGCAACAAAAACUGUGUGGCAACCUCUCCUACUGGCUGUGGUCGCAAAAUUAUGUGUUUAUAUUAAUGUUUAGAUGUACUUCAAAAUGUAUUGUUAUUGCUUUAUGAUCCAAAUAGUAUAGAUUUGCGCAAAUAAUGUAAAUGUGUAUUAUAUUGUUUUUUCUACAAUCAAAUUUAAGUGUAAUCAACCUUAGCACGUCGUCCUUCUUCAUUUGUUCAUUUGUUUUGUAAAUAUUGUACAUAUGCGGUUUGUUCUUUUUCGUUUUUUGUUUCCUUUUUACAGUACGAGUGCGUCUUAGCAUUGAAUAUUUCGUAUAAAUAACUAAUCUUUUAGCAAAGGGUAUUAUGAUUACAAAACUUGAAGUUUUUAUUAUACGAGGCUUAUGGAAAAAAUAUUUCAUUUAUAUAUUGCUAGAGAUCUUUUUAGUGUGAUUUUACAGGCUUUUUUAAAAGUUAACUGCAAUCCAUUCGCUAUAUGUUUCAAAUUAGUUUUAGCUUAUGUGGUACUUUUGUAGAUGUUAUCUGGUCUUUUUGAACUUGUAGUGCGUAAUAUUAUAUUUACUAGUUCAAAGUCGAAUCGAUUUUUGUACAAUUUAUUUUUCACUAAAGUACACCUUAUAUAACUGGUUGCCUUUUUAUGAUUUAAGCUUCAUAAUGACAUCGUAUCUAUUUAUAACUUAAAAGCUUAAUCCGUCUAGGUUCUUAUACAAUAGUUGUUGGAUGCGUAAUUUACAUUAAAACGUAUAAAGACGACGAAUUCGUAAAAAACGCCCACCGUGUACUUCUGUCGACCUUAUCAUAUUCAACAUAUAAAAAAAUGUGACUGAAUGACUGAAAUCGGAUUUUAAGAUACAUGUUCGAAUGGCGAACUUUGAAUGCAUUCGACUCGAAAUGAAACCCGAUGAUUCACGCAUUAUAAAUAGUUUCACAGAACACGUCACUCAGUAUUAAAAGACAAUCCAGCGAUCUGUACUUAUUGAGGAAUUACUUGCACCUGAUACUAAAUAUGUACCGGCCAUAAGGGUAUCAAUCGAUUUGAAAUCAAUAACCUGUACUUAAAAAUCAGUUGUGCAUUAAAUUGAAUUGUUCUGUGAAUCGCGAUGAGUUAAAUUGAUUUUUUUUUAAACAAUAGAUUUAUCAGAAAUAAAUUGUGACACAUUG